AUGAUUCUUAAACGAUGCAAUUCAAAUGAGGGUUUUAACUCAUCCAAUGAUGAUGAUGACGAUUUUGAUUAAUUAAAAACAAAAUUCAAAACCUUGGAUUAUAGUGAAGAAUAUGAUAAACAAGAGGAAAAAUAAAAAUUAAAUUCUAAAUCUAUCUAACAAUGUAGAAAUUUAACCUUAAUUACUUCUGGGUUAUCAUUUAAUAAUUAAACUAUAUUCUUAGGUUAACUAUUUUACAAUACAAAUUAAUUACACAAAUUAAUAGAAAACAAAGAUCAUUCAAAUAAUUUUGAAUUUUAACCUUAAACAUAAAGACCAUUUGUUGGAAUGCUGAAAUAAGGAAUAUAAUUUAAUUCUAAUUUUGAAUCUGGAAAUUUAGAUAGAGUUGAUUAAGUAAUAUUUUAUAUAAAAAGUAGAUUUCAAAUGAAGAAUAUAAUUUAUUCAUGAGAAUUGAUACAAAUUCUAUCGGACAUAGUAACUGGUUUUAUUUCAAAACUACAAAUAAUGAAUAGAAAAAAAUUAAAUUUAAUAUUUGCAACUUUACUAAAUCUUAAAGCUUAUAUUUAAAAGGCAUGAAACCCUAUAUUUUAUCAAAAAAAGGGUCAGAAAAGCAUUUUACAUAACAAGGAGAAUUUGUAAAAUAUUAAUCAUAGGGAGAUCUUUUUGUUUUAUCUUUUGUUUAUUAUUAUGAGUAUGUAGAUGAUUAAGUUGAAUUUGCUACUCUUCCUCCAUAUACAUAUUCAGAAUUAAAAAGAUAAAUUUUUAAAUGGCAUAAAUAAUCCAAACAGUAUCUUAUGAAAUUAAAAUUAACAAAUACUCUAUCUGGUCUUGUGAUGCCUCUUCUUAUUAUAUCUGAUAAAAACUCAGAUAUAAAUAAACAAGUUUUCAUUAUAACUGCUCGAAUUCAUCCUUCUGAAACUUGUAGUUCAUUUAUUAUGUAAGGAUUUAUUUAAUUUUUAUUAAGUGAAUCUAUUAUGGCAUAAUUUUUAAGAAAAAAGUAAAGUAUAAUAAUAUUAUUAUAGUUUCAUAUUUAAAAUCAUUCCAAUGUUAAAUCCUGAUGGAGUUAUUGUUGGAAAUUUUAGAAAUGGGUUAAGUGGAGUUGAUUUGAAUAGGUAAUUUUUAGAAACUGAUAUGACACUAUUACCAGAAGUAAAAGCUUUGAAAGAUUUAAUAUAAGAUAAUUCUACAAAAUUAAUAGGUUAUUUAGAAUUUCAUGGCCAUUAAGUAAGAAAAAAUAUAUUUCUGUAUGGCCCUUAAUCCAGUAACUAAAACUAUGAUUCUAAAUUAUUUCCUUUAAUUCUGCAACAAAGGCUUGAAUCUUUUAGAUAUAAAUCAUGCGAAUUUGGAAUUCCUAAAUUUAAAUUUGGAACUGCUAGAGCCUAUGCAAAUAAUUUUGUUGAUGUUUUUUGCUAUACUAUAGAAGCAUCUUUUUGUGGUUAUUAAAAAGUAAAGUCGUUUAAAUUUAUAUCAAAAGAUUGGAUUUAAGCUGGAAAAUGCAUUGGAGAAACUUUAUUUUUAUAUUUCAAUUUUAAAUAAUCAAAUUCAAAGCAAUUAAGUAAGACUCUAUUUAAUUAUUAAUAGAAUAAAGUUAAAUUUGGAAAAGUAUAAAUGAAAUGUUUAGCAAAGUAGAAUAGACUGAAACAAAACAUGAAUCUGAUGAUGAAAAUAAAAGUUAAUCAGAUGCAGAAAUCUUUGAAGAUUAUGAGAAAGCUAAGUUGACAAAUUUACAAAAUUAAAUGAAGGCUGAAUUAAGUUAAUAGAAUGUUGUUGCAAUUAAUAAAGAAGAUUCCUAAAGAAAACGUAUGAAAGCUUAAACUGUGUCUAAAAAAAUUAAAAUUUAACCUAUUUUCAGGAUGAAUAAAUGUAAUUAAAUUUAUUAGUUAAAGUUCAAAGAAAGCAUAUUUUAUAUCCUGAAUUAAAUAUUUAAAAUUGGGAGUUUUCUAAUAAAUCAAAUUAAUCAACUGAAAAUAAGGUUACUUUUUAAUAAAAAAGAAAUAAUAAAAAUAAAAUUUCUUUAUCAUUUAGAUUUGCAUCAAGCAAUAGAAAUACCUCUUUUUAAGAAACAUCCCCUGUUAAUUAAAUCCCAUAACAAAUAACUGGUACUUAAUAAAUUCCAAAAACCAAUCCUAUAUAAAUUUCAUAAAAAUUGACUUCUAAUAACUUUCCUUUCUUGGAAAAUAAUAGUUAAAUAUCAAUCCCAUUAUAUUUACCAUUAAUUUCAAAUCUAAUUAAAAAAAAAAGAACUAUGACAUUGAAUUGA